UCAAGCUCGAGAGACAUUGCCUCAAGGCCUUCAGUCUGGUCUGCGUAUAUCCGUUGUCUUCGUUGUGGUUGUCUUUAAGCAGAUCGUUUAGGUAAUAUAUUGUUCUACUUGGACUGACGGAAUAGGACAUGUUCGCCGCCGGCACCGACACCUCCACCAUAACCAUUGAAUGGGCCAUCUCUGAGAUCCUCAAAAGACCCGAGACCUUCGACAAGGCAACCGAGGAACUGGACCGGGUGAUCGGCCGCGGCCGGUGGGUCGAGGAGGAGGACGUGCACCGCCUUCCGUACAUCGAGGCCAUCGUAAAGGAGACCAUGAGGAUGCACCCGGUGGCGCCCCUGCUCAUACCUCGGUUCUCCCGCGAGCACACCACCGUCGACGGCUACGACAUCCCCGCCAGGACGGGGGUGCUGGUGAACGUGUGGGCCAUCGGGCGCGACCCGGCCGUGUGGGACGCUCCGGAGGAGUUCCGGCCGGAGCUGUUCGUGGGUAGCCCGAUCGACGUGAAGGGACACCACUUCGAGCUGCUGCCGUUCGGGGCGGGUCGGCGGAUGUGCCCCGGGUACAGCCUCGGCCUGAAGCUGGUGCAUCUGAGCCUGGCCAACCUGCUGCACGGGUUCAAAUGGAGGCUACCGCCGGGGAUGACGGCGGAGGAGCUGAAUAUGGAUGAGAUACCUGGGGCGACGACGCCGCGGAAGGUGCCGCUCCAGACCGUGGUCGAGCCAAAGCUUCCGUCUCAUCUCUACGGCGCCUGAUGAUGCUGUGUUACGGUUGGCGGCGGGCCCAAGUGUCAAAUUCCAGCUUUGCAUUGACUGUAUGUGUCGUUAAUUACUAGC